GCGCUCUGCUAGAAGGCAAUUUACUGCCUCGCAGAAGCUGGCGGGCACUGUGCCCGCCACGAUCGGUCUCCCGGGCACUGGGCCACCGCCACACCCCCUGUCCCCGGACAUGGAGCCAGAACCGGCGGCUCAGAAGCAGUCCCGGCCGCGGAGAAGAAGCCGCAGGGCCUCAGUGCUCUGCGAGGACCGAGCCGCGGGGCUUCCGGCCGACACACCCGGGCAGGCGGCGGACAGAAGAUGCUCCCUUCGGAGAGGCAGCUCCUUCACAUUUCUAACACCUGGCCCACACUGGGACUUCACUUUGAAAAGGAAACGAAGAGAGAAAGAUGACGAUGUUGUAAGCCUUAGCAGCCUUGAUCUAAAGGAGCCAAGCAAUAAAAGAGUUCGGCCUCUAGCUCGGGUCACAUCCUUGGCAAACUUAAUCUCUCCCGUAAGAAAUGGAGCAGUCAGGCGCUUUGGUCAAACCAUACAGUCCUUUACCCUUCGUGGUGAGCACAGAUCCCCAGCCUCUGCCCAGAAGUCAUUCAGCAGGUCCACAGUCCCAACACCCACCAAGAGAAGAAGCAGUGUGCUAUGGUCAGAGAUGCUAGACAUCAGUAUGAAGGAGUCCUUGACCACUCGAGAGAUCAAACGUCAGGAGGCAAUAUAUGAAUUGUCCCGAGGAGAACAGGACUUAAUUGAGGAUCUCAAGCUUGCUAGAAAGGCCUACCAUGACCCCAUGUUAAAGUUGUCUAUCAUGUCUGAAGAGGAGCUCACACAUAUAUUUGGAGAUUUGGAUGCUUACAUACCUCUGCAUGAAGAUCUGUUGACACGAAUAGGAGAAGCAACCAAGCCUGAUGGGACAGUGGAACAGAUUGGUCACAUUCUCGUGAACUGGUUACCAGGCCUAAAUGCCUACAGAGGCUACUGUAGUAACCAGCUGGCAGCCAAGGCUCUUCUGGAUCAGAAGAAACAAGACCCCAGAGUCCAAGACUUCCUCCAGCGCUGUCUAGAGUCUCCCUUCAGUCGAAAACUAGAUCUUUGGAGUUUCCUAGAUAUUCCUCGAAGCCGCCUUGUCAAAUACCCUUUACUGUUAAAAGAAAUCCUUAGACACACUCCAAAAGACCACCUGGAUGUCCAACUUCUGGAGGAAGCAAUAUUGAUAAUACAGGGAGUUCUUUCUGAUAUCAACUUGAAGAAGGGUGAGUCCGAGUGCCAGUAUUACAUCGACAAGCUGGAGUACCUGGACGAGAAGCAGAGGGACCCCAGGAUCGAAGCGAGCAAAGUGCUGCUGUGCCAUGGGGAGCUGAAGAAUAAAAGUGGCCAUAAACUGUAUAUUUUCUUAUUUCAAGACAUCUUGGUUUUGACUCGGCCUGUCACACGAAAUGAGCGUCAGUCCUACCAGGUUUACCGGCAGCCAAUCCCAGUUCAGGAGCUAGUGCUGGAAGACCUGCAGGAUGGGGAUGUGCGCAUGGGCGGUUCCUUCCGAGGGGCUUUUGGCAACUCAGACAAAGCUAAAAAUAUCUUUAGAGUCCGCUUCCAAGACCCCUCUCCAGGCCAGUCCCACACACUGCAAGCCAAUGACGUGUUCCACAAGCAGCAGUGGUUCAACUGUAUUCGCACUGCCAUUGCCCCUUUCCAGCAGGCCUCCAGCCCCCUAGAGCUUCAGGGCUUGCCAGAGCUCCAUGAAGAGUGUGAAGAGAACAACCCCUCUGCUGGGAAUCUCAGAGCUCAGCAGAGGUCGUCCGUGGCUCCCGGUGUUAUGCAGGUAGACAGUGACAGUGCACUGGAAUGUGGCUCCAGUGUACAGACAGCAGAAGAUACCAGGAAUGGGAAGACACAAGGACCGCAGCCUGGCUUACGAAGAGCAAGGGACAAAGCCCAGUCAGGUGGCAAAAGGAAAGAGACUCUGGUAUAAAUGUGUGUAUUCACCGGUGGGGACACUGUUAAUUUAUAAAUUUGUACAGUUUUUUUCUUGUAAUGGGGCAUCCUAGGGUUACUCUAUACCAGAUGUAAUAUGGUCAUGGUUGGGGUUUCUCUUUUUCUUAUUCGCUCUCCCUCCUUUCCUUCCUCCCUCAUUGUUGUUGUUGUUGUCGUCGUUAAUGGCAGCUAAAGAUAAACAAAUUACUGUUAAAUUGCAGACUUUAAAAAGGUAUUUUUAUGGAUUAUUCGGAACAGACCAACCUGAUACUUUUUUAUCAGAAGAAAUGUGUGUGAAGCCAGUGUUGUCCUCACUCUGGUUUCACCAUGACUUUCCAAUACUGACCAAAUGUGAUAUUCACAGAUUCUGCCAAACUUAAAGUUUUGCAAAUGCUGAAAUUCUAUCAGUGUUCUUUGUUAAACCUCAAAUGAUGCAUGUAAUUUUAAUAAUGAUACCUACAAUCUACAUGGAAGAUCUGUGAGUCUGAAAUAGUUCAAUAUUUACAGUGAAGCAUCGGAAAACUUGAUAAAACUUGGAAAACAUCGGUAAAACUUGAUGUGUUUUCCGUUUUCAUCAACUGGAAUGCCUUAUAUCAGUUUUUCACUGUGUAUUCCUCAUUUUUCAUUCAUUUAUUCUGCCAGCUAUUUAAUUUUUUAUUGUAAAGUAGUUUUUAGUAUUUGCUUUUAUUUUUUUACGUCAAUGUGUUUUUAAAUUGGCAUGUCCUUAAAGUUUUUCCUCCUAAUUAAGGUUUGUGUGCGAGUAUGCAUGUGUGAGAGUGUGUGUGUGUGUGUGAAUCGUAUUAAUUUUACCAAGUGAAACCAAGCCACACUGUUUCAGCCAAUUAAGAAAACUCCAGUUUUUACAGUAUAUCAUGACAGGGUGGUAAAGACCCAUGAAAUGAUUUCGUAUAUUCUAGACUACUGAAAGAAACCACAAGAAGGAUUUUGGUGGAAGUUUUUGUGUUGUCUGAAAAGCAAGAGAGAGGGCAGGAGACUGGGAUAAUGAAGAGAAACGAAGGAAAGGGAAGAAUAGCUUGUCUAAAGUAGAAAUGUCUGGCUGAACCAGAGAAGCAGAGAUAGGAAAAGCCUGACCUGAGGGUAUGAAGGAAGUUGUAGAAGGCCAGAGGGGAUGUGAACUGUAUUUGCUUUGGUUUCUCAUACCUGCAAAUACUAAAUUUGAAAAGAAGCUGUAGGAUGUGUUGGAAAUUUGACCAUAUUAGGUUAAUUCUGGUUGCUUUUCUUCAUUUAAAAAAAGCUGGUGAUUCUUCAGUGCAAAAUGUUUGUGUUAGAAAUGGGUUCGUGCUGUUUAAAGGGGGGAGGAGGACAGAGGCCCCAUGUCAGUUCAAGGUUAUACUGGUGAUCAGUGUAAGUCAUUGUUAACCAUUAUGUGAAAUAUAUCCCCAGUGGAAAUGAAAAUUGGGAAAGGCUGUAAAUAGGUUGAUCAAAUGAUUUCUUUGUAUAAAUGAAUUAUACAAUUAAAAAAAAAAGCACACACAUAAUAACCCAAAAUA